UAGAGUAAUCUGGUGAUCACGUUGGUUUUGAUUGAUGCACGAUACGAGUUUCGAGUGAAAAGUAACUUGCUUCGUCGUAAUUUAUUCAGUUUAACAGAUAUUUCUUCUUCAGUUUAUGUAUUACACAAUGAAUUCGAAAACAUUAUCCUUUAUUUUACUCAUUUUGUCAAUUGACAUCUGUCGCAUGAGCUGUUCUAGUAAACAUUGCAAUAAAUAUUUCGAAAAUUGUGAAGAAAACAAAGAAGAUCUUGUUGAUCCUUAUGCCAUGUUUGACCCAGAAAUCGAUGUUAACGAGAAGAAAUCGGAAGAAAAUAAGCAGGAAAAGGCUAAGGUUUUGAUGAAGCAAAUUUCUGCUGAUUCAAAUGAUUCACAGUGUAGUUGUAAAGAAUUAGCUAAUUGCCAGAAAUAUGGGAGCAGCAAACAAACAGUUAUUUCACAGAAUGAGUUUCUAUAUCUGAAGCGAAGUGUUAAGAAAUUGGCCAGUAAGUUUCUGUCGUUAGGUGGUGAAGUGUCGGGUUCCAUACAUGUGGAUUUAACCAUUAAAAAUAGUGAUAUAACUACCAUGAAAUUAUUUAUCAAAAACCCUUCCAAUAAAAUCCAGGAUCUAGACAAUGUCUUGUCUGAAAUGAUAAAUGGUGCUGUCGUAUUUAAACCAGAAGAAUAUCAGUCUACAAACAAUGUUUACGUUUAUUUGCAGUACGUCGGUGCAGUAGUAGUUAUUGUAGUGUGUUCAGUUAUCUGGUUUAUCAAGCCUCGCUUAACGUUGAGAAGCGUUAUUUCUACUGUUUCGGUAUUUGUUAUUCUUCUUGAUAUAAUAUGGAAUUGGAUAUAUUUAGUGAAGAAAGAGUAUUCUGAUUUGUAUUCAGAAAUGGAUAAAAAGAGCUUGCCCGAUUCUUGUCAUCCCGAAAAGUUAACAUGGGGAAGUUACCUUAGUUUAUGGUUUUCUAAUGAUUAUUCUUUCAGUGUUCAGUGUAAAAAGUAUUACGAAAGUAUUCAUGUGUCGCCAGAGUUAAAGGUAUCACCGAUGAAGGCUGUGACGGAAACAUUUAAGCAUAUAGUAUUAUAUCCACUACAGUUUUUGGGAGAAUAUAUUGGAUUAUUCUAUCAAAGAUUAUUCAGUCAGUUAUCAUGGUUUUUAAUGGUACCUGUGAGCAUUAUCAUUACGUUACUUAUGUUCUUGUUGUUAAUAAUGUUGUUUGGAUAUCGGAUACGCUUUCCAUUUUUUCUCGGAGGAUUAGAACCGGCGUCUGAUUCGAGGCGCACGAGGGAGUCAGAUAAUAAUGAAAAGCAUUUGAUGUUGGAAAUUUUAAAAGGUAAAUAUCAUCUGAUAAAAUCAGAUUCUAUCAAAUCUAUAUCAAUACAGUCAACAAGUGAAUCUGAGAAUGAACAUCAGAGAUUAUGUGAUUCAGAAAGAAGCACAGUAACAAUUACAGAGUUGGAAGAAGAACCUUCGCUUUCCAUUUCUAAGAGGAAUGUGUUACCUAAAGGUUUGACAAGUAAAAGCAUUUGUGAACAUAAAGGAUUAUGUGAGAAAUCUGAAGAAGAUUCAAGGAAAUUUAUAGAAGAUGAAUUAGAAAAUGAAGCAUCUGAAAAUAAAAACUAAUUUAAAAUUAAUUAAAUUAGUCAUUUAUGCAUUUUGGAGUCUCUUGAACAAAGAUUUUAUGAUAGUUUAUCUGUUUUGAAAAUUUUUGAGUGUUUUAUGGAUCUGUUUAUUAAACAAAUAUGAAAGCAGUCUUAUGCAUCUAUUAGCAAAUUAAUUUGAAUCUUGUACAAGAACUAGAAAGGUUGAAAUUACAGUCAUUUGACAAAAAGUUUUUAUAUAUUUGUAAAAUGGAAAAUUUAAAUAUAUACUUUUUUACUAGAUAUAAAAAUAUAGAUAAAACAUAAUUGCAGAUAACAAAACUUUUAUAUUUACUAGAAAAAUUAUAUUAAUAGCUUUUAUAUGAGACAGAUUGAGUAAAAUAAUGAGAUUAAUUCAAGUUUUAACAGCUAUUGUAUUAAAAUGUAUAAAAAUUAAAAGAUAAAGCUUCUUCAAAAUUUAAAAUAUAAAAAGAAUUGAAAUUAAGCAUGGUUUAAUGCAGAAAUAUGAAAUAAUUGGAGGCACAUAGUCAAAUCUGAUGAAACAUAACUUGAGGAAUCAGAGUACAUUUCAGUAUGCAUCAAUAAGUAAGUGCCCAUCAGUGAAUUGUAUUGUUCUAAAGUAUGCUCUGAUAUUCACUGACAAGUUCAUUGCUACAGCAACUGAUGCACAUUGUACUUGUCAAGCUGGAUAUGGUAACCUCAAGUGAAGCAAUAUGGCCUUCUUCAUAGACAUAGUAUUAUUAACACCAGUUUUGCUACUUGUGUUAAAUAAAACGAUUUUGACAAAAUAAGCCUGCAAAUGCCAGUUUAGUGUUGUUUUCUUCUGUCUUGUUCAGUUGUCAGAUAUUCUGGUAAAAGCUUUUUAAACCAUUUGCCAGUGCAUUGGUUGUGGAUGAAACUGAUAUAUACCAGAAUGUACCCAGAGUCAUUACACUGAGCUUCUCUCACAGAAAUAAAAUAGCAAAUUUUUUAAUUUUCUGGCAUUCCCUUCUAUAUCUUAAGUUAAACUUCUAUAGAUAAAAAUAAAUUUUUAAAAUAUUAAAUGUAAUUUAGGCCCUACUUGAUUUAAACAAUGAU